AUGUCCAGACCAGUCCCUUCUGCGUCGUCGACUGAUCCCUCCAGCUCCCAGCAGGCCUGGGACCCAAAUCCUCCUACCUAUGCAGCGUUCUCACCCUCCUCCACGUCCGGUUAUUCCGCGACAUCGAAGCAACGGUCGACAAUCAUAGUACACAAGAAAUCUCCUCUGUUGGUCGCAACGCCGCCGCAGAUCACACGAGCGUUGGCCCAUUCACAUCCCUUCUUGCUGCCAUUGAACAAACUUGCUGGACUAUUGUCAUGGAGCACUCCAGAUCCCUGGGAAUCAUACCUGCUGGUAGCCGCAUUCUGGGCGGUCACUCUCUACGGCAGGGAAAUCAUUCUCUUCGCAAGUCCUAUCAUUGUGGUAGUCGGUCUCAUCUUGGCCAUGUACUGGAGACGGUACUCGCCUCUAUCAUCCACCAGCAGAACUGGAGACAGGCAAACACACAAGAGGCAAAGUUCCGAGGCCUUGUCUCAGCAUAAGACUCUGGAUGACAUUGUUGAUACCCUACAAGAAUUCACCACGCGCUGCAAUAUCUUGCUAGAGCCGUUCCUCAACCUGACGGAUUUUCUCUCAACACAGACGACCCCUACCUCUGCCACUACUCGACCAGCCCUGACCACCCUUUUCAUUCGUGUACUGCUUAUAACACCCUUGUGGAUCAUCUUGACGCUUCCUCCCUUUUACGUCCUGACAGUCCGCCGCAUCAUACUCACUUUUGGUACGAUAAUCCUGACGUGGCACUCCAAGCCCGCGCGAGUAUCGCGUGUGAUCCUUUGGCGCUCUGUUUUCCUGCGCAAAACAGCAGCAUUUAUCACAGGUCUGGAUUUUGAAGGCUCGUCUGCUCUACAAACCAAGCCAUCAGGUCGAAGCGCUCGAUCAAAGUCACAAGCGGGACUCGCCUCCGAGGUCGCUACCAAGAGGAAACCAGACUCUUCAGGAGUUCGAUUCACCUUUAUACUAUAUGAGAACCAACGACGUUGGAUUGGUCUUGGCUGGACCACAUCUCUUUUCUCUUACGAGCGGGCGCCGUGGACCGAUGAGCAUUUGAACCCCGCACCGUCUAAAGACGAGUUUGAGUUGCCAGAAGUGGAAGGAGGCCACUCUCGAUGGAGGUGGGUGGAAGGUUCCGAAUGGCGAAUAGAGCACGGAAGUGCAAGUCAACACAAGCGGACCGCGAGUCAGAACAAGACAGGAUCGGCCAACAAUUCUGGUAAAGACGCGGCGGAUGACGGCGGCGGGUGGAUAUACUACGACAACAAAUGGGAAGACGGGAGGGCCGAGGACGGAUGGGGCAGAUAUACCAGGCGACGGAAAUGGUGUAGGGAUGCCGAACUGGUGGAAAUCACAUCCAGCACAGAGAAUAGUCGCAGUGGGACACCGGUGCACCCAUCGUCGGAUCCAGAGGAGGAGAAAGUAAGGAAGGCGAAGGAGUUUGCCCAAGGGCUAGGUGGUUUGAAGAACACGAGUCGUGCGCCGACAACCGAUGCACCUACAGGUACUGCAGAUCCAACAACUGGUAUUGCACCAGAGGAAGAAAAGACCAAGGACAGCGAUGCAACGAGCCUUGCUAAAUCGACAGCUACGAAGAAGAGCGCCGGAUGGUUCUCCAGUUCUUCGAGGCGAGAGCGCAGCGACAGUAAGAGCAGCAGCGGCAAGAACACAGGACGAUUCAGCGCUCGAAGUGAUCGGAGCCGUGACGGACCGGAAGACGAUGUGGUUGACCAUUGGCAUGACACUGCGACUCAUGGCCAUCGGCCGUUUAGCGUGCAGGAAGAUGUGGCCAUGAGUCUGGGAUAG